UGUGCCCACCUGUUAGAGGUCAACCCUGACCUCGAGCCCUUUGCCCUAAUUUUGGAACUCUCCAAAAGACCAAAGUGGGAGGGGCGCCAGGACAAAUCCCGAGCCUUUCCUCGCGUGGGGCUUUACGCGUGGGGGCCGCCGUUCCCCGCGACUGGCCGCCGCCUCGCCCUGCCGGCGUCCCCAAGCGAAGCUGAGCCUCCGGCAAAGAAGAGCAAGGACGGCCAGCUCGGGAAGCGGCGGAAGGGCCCGGACUUCCUCUCGCCUCUUCUCCGCCCUCCGUGAUUGGCUCGGCCGGAUUAUGAAAUGGGAGGCUGCUCGCCGCCUUUGCCGCAAAAAGUCGCCCGGUUUAAAAAGAGCCCCGCACGGGGCUGCGGAACUAAAGGGCGAGUAAGGUGAGGCUUAGGUCGCCGGAGCGAUGAAGUCGGCCCUGGUGCUGCUGGCCGGGUGUCUGGCGCUGACCGCCUAUUAUGUCUACCUGCCGCUCCCCAGCACCGUCUCCGAGCCUUGGCAACUCAUGAUGCUGGAUGCGAUGUUCCGGUUCGUGCAGCAAUCGUGCGACCUGGCUCAUUACAUAGGACUGGGCCACCAUGCAAAAUUGCUAAAUAGUUUUGUUACUUGGCUGGAGAGCAAGAACAUGCCCUCUGCACGGCCUGUGAAGAUAACAGACGCCAUAUUUGAUGGUGUUGAGGUGCGAGUGUAUCAGCCAGAUACACAGGUCAGCCAGAAGACGUUACAUCGCAGCAUCGUUUACAUCCAUGGAGGAGGAUGGGCUUUGCUAAGUGCAAGUAAGCAGUCUGAAAAAUGGAAUGGGACAACUUGCCGUAGCCAAUUUCAUCACAGGACAAUUUGCUGCGGGAUAAUUUAGCAAUUCAAUUUACCAUAAUUUUG